UUAACAAACAAUGUUAAAAUUAAAAAUAUAAAUUACAGUGUUAAUUCAAUUGACAAUAAUAAAAAAAUCAUGAAAGUCUUAAAUGUUGCUGAGAAAAAUGAUGCAGCUAAAAAUAUAUCUGGACUUUUGAGUCGAGGAAAUAGUCAAAGAAGAGAAGGUUUUUCAAAGUUCAAUAAAAUAUAUGAAUUUGACAUGAGACUAUGGAAUCAAAAUGUCAAAAUGACAAUGACAUCAGUAUCUGGACAUUUGUUAACUUAUGAAUUCAAUGGUGCUUAUAGAAAAUGGACUGGCUGUCAUCCAUUGGCUUUAUUUGAUGCUCCAGUAACAAAAUCAUGUCCAGAAAAUUUUACAAAAAUAAAACGUACAUUAGAACGUGAAAUACGUCAAUGUGAUGCAUUAAUAAUAUGGACAGAUUGUGAUAGAGAAGGUGAAAAUAUUGGCUUUGAAAUAAUAAAUGUUUGUCAAGCUGUCAAAAGAAAUAUUAAAGUAUACAGAGCUAAAUUUUCUGAAAUAACAAAUGCAUCAAUAACAAGAGCAAUACAAACACUUGAUGAACCACAAAAAAAUAUCAGUGAUGCUGUUGAUGUUAGAAGUGAACUUGAUCUACGAAUUGGUGCUGCAUUUACUAGAUUUCAAACUUUACGUUUACAAAAAGUAUUUCCUCAAAAAUUAUCUGACAUGUUAAUUAGUUAUGGUAGCUGUCAAUUUCCAACUCUUGGUUUUGUUGUUGAAAGAUACUUGGCAAUUGAAAGAUUUAAACCUGAGCCAUACUGGAAAAUUAAAGUAUCAGAUAAUUAUGAUAAUAUUAAUGUUGAAUUUCGUUGGUCACGUGUACGUUUAUUUGAAAAAUUACCAUGUCAAAUAUACUAUGACAUUGUCAAUGAAAAAAAAGAUGCAAUUAUUGAAAAAGUAAUAAGUAAACCAAAAAGUAAAUGGCGUCCAUUACCACUUGAUACAAUUGAAUUAGAAAAACAAGGCUCAAAAAAAUUACGUAUGAAUGCCAAAGAAACUAUGAAAAUUGCUGAAAAAUUAUAUACACAAGGUUUAAUUAGUUAUCCACGUACUGAGACAAAUAUAUUUCCACGUGAAUUUAAUUUACAAACACUUGUACAACAACAAACAGAACAUCAAACAUGGGGUAAUUAUGCACAACGUGUACUUCAAGAUGGUAUAACACCACGUGCUGGUAAAAAAAGUGAUCAAGCACAUCCUCCAAUACAUCCAACAAAAUUUACAAAUAAUUUACAAGGUAAUGAAGCUAAAGUAUAUGAAUUUGUUGUACGUCAUUUUUUAGCUUGUGUAUCAAAAAAUGCUGAGGGUUAUGAAACAACAGUUGAUAUUGAUAUUGCUGGUGAAAAAUUUACAACAAAUGGUUUACAAAUAAUUGCUAAAAAUUAUUUAGAAGUUUAUAUUUAUGAAAAAUGGAAUGCCAAAGAGAUUCAUAUAUAUGAAGAGGGUAAAUCAUUUAAACCAACAAGCAUAGAAAUGGUUGAAGAACAAACAUCAGCACCAAAUUUAUUAACAGAAGCUGAUUUAAUAUCAUUGAUGGAUAAACAUGGUAUUGGUACUGAUGCAACACAUGCUGAACACAUUGAAACAAUUAAAUCACGUCAAUAUGUUGGUUUAAAAAAUAAUAUUUAUUUUAUGCCUGGUAAAUUGGGUAUUGGUCUUGUCAUGGGUUAUGACAAUAUGGGUUUUCAAAUGAGCAAACCAAAUUUACGUGCUGAACUUGAAAAUGAUCUUAAAUUAAUUUGUCAAGGACAAAAAAAUCCAGCAGAUGUAUUAACAACACAAAUUAAUAAUUAUCGUGAAGUAUUUAGAGUUGCAUUAGAACGUGCUAAUUUAAUUGAUGAAGCAUUGGCUGAAUAUUUAGAUGAAAGACCAACUGGUGAUGGUAAUAUUGAAAUGAUAACACCUACUGAAGAAGUACCAAUAUUUAAAUGUCCAAAAUGUGGACAAAAUAUGGUACUACGUGAACGUAAAGAUAGUGGAAAAAAAUAUAUUGCUUGUAUGGGUUUUCCAGAUUGUAAAAAUUCAAUAUGGUUUCAAGAUACAAUAAAUGACAUUGAAAUAUUACAAGAAACAUGUGAUAAAUGUACUGGUAAUCCGAAAAAAUUAAAAUUUAAAAUACGACCAGGUGCUAUACCAAUGUAUGGUAAUUGUUAUGAGACUUGUAUUGGUGGUUGUGAUGAUAUGUUUAAUCAAAUAAUGAGUAUUAAAAAUGAAUCUGUUAAAAAAACAAAUGGUACACAAGAUAGUGGUUAUUCAAGUGCUCCACAUAAUACAACAGUUGCAUCACAAUCACAACAUCAAACAACAACAACAACAACUAAUCGUGCUGCUCGUGGUGGUGGUGCUGCUGCUGCUGCUGUUCGUGGUGGUGGGGCUGGUACGACUAAUAGAAAUAAUACAAGAACCCAAAAUUUUCCUUCAUCACGUCCAACAAACAAUCACAAUAACAAACGAACAAGUGAUGAAUGGGGUCCAAGUGAUACUAGUAUGUUUAAUGAAUCAAAAAGACCUAAAAUUAGUAAUCAAUCAACAUGGUCAUCGUCAUCAUCAUCAUCAUUAGUUAAUAGUAAUAAUAGUAAUACAAAUCAAGACAAUAUAUUAUGUAAUUGUCAUGAGCCAGCAAUUAAAUUAACAGUUAGAAAAGAGGGACCAAAUACAGGUAGACAAUUUUUUAAAUGUUCAAAAACAAGUUCAGCCUGUGAUUUUUUUCUUUGGGAUGAUGCUGAGCCAUCUGAUAAUAAUCGUAAUAGUCAAAGAAAUAAUACAUCAUUAAAUAGAACAACAACAAGAGUAAAUAAUAAUUCAAUAAAUGAUGAUUGGGAUGUACCAAGUGGAAAUUCAUGGAAUCAAAAUAACAACAACAACAAUAGCAACAAUUAUAAUAAUAAUAAUAGAACAAAUACAAAUGGUGGUGGUGGUGGUGGUGGUGAUGAUGCACCAUCAUGUGUUUGUGGUGAACCAGCUCGUAAAUUAACUGUUAGAAAAGAUGGACCAAAUAAAGGUAGAUCAUUUUGGGGCUGUCCACAAGGUGUUUCUACAAAUUGUAAAUUUUUUGUUUGGGCUGAUGAUAAUGAUGCUGGUGGUAGUGGAACUGGUGGAGGUGGUGGUGGAGGUGGUUUUAAUAAUUUUGCUGUACCAAAAGCAAGAGGACGAGGUGGUGCUAGAGGUGGUGGAGCAGCUGGUGGAACAAGAGCUAAAAGAAAAUGUGGUAUUUGUGGCAAUGAAGGCCAUACUAAAAAAACAUGUCCAGAAAAUUCAAUGGAUUAA